CGGUAAAAACAAAGAAGUCGUAGGAAGAGCGUUGAAAGUGCAAACGUAACCGUUCAAGCGUCCGGUCUCCAACUUUGACACACGAACAACGCCAGAGUCUACCACAAUCUUUAUGCUAGUAAAGAUUAUAGUAGUAUAAAAUAUAAAGAUUAAAAUUUGGGAUAAUAAUAAUCUUGUAUAUUUCUAUAGAAAAUAUUUCUAAUAAUAUUUAGAAAAUAUUAUAGAUAUUUUCUAUACACAAAAUGAUAUUUAUGGAACCAAAAUAAUAUUUUUCUCUCUCUUAAAAUACGACUCACGCACAGCGAGAAACUUCUUCUUCCUCGCCGACCUCACCGUUGUGCUCUUCUCUCGCCAUUGUCACGCAGCCGCCGCCUCCAAUACAUCACCCCAGGGCGCACAUCGCUGCCAUGUAAAAACCCUUGGCGAAGGAGAUUCGUCGCUGUUCUUCGCCGUGCGCAACCCUAGGCUUCCUCGUCGCUGUUCCUCACCACUUCCUCCGGGACGCAGGCUCCUAAUCUUCUUCUCUCAGUUUCGUCAUGUACACUUCAAAGAAGAGAAGAAUUUGCUCUCGUCACGCUUCUUCUCGUGCAGAAACUUCAAAUCCGGGCAAUUCCUCAGGUGAAUCUGAAUUUGUUUACUCUAUGAAGCCUACAAUUUUCUUUGAUAAUGAAGACUCUUUGAACUUUUUUACAACUCGUCUUCUUCCUCGAAAAAUCGUUGCUCUGAGAUAUGUUGAUGCUCGUGUAUUUGAAGAUGACCAAUCCUUUGCUUCAGUUCUUACUAAACUUCGUACUUCGGGCUUAUUGAAUGUUAUAUCUUUUCGUGAGGGUCACGUUCCGAUUGACCAUAUCAAAGCCUUCUAUGCCGCUAUGUCCUUCAAACGUCAAAACACCAAUUAUGUGAUAACUUCAACUUUUUGUGGCAAAACUGUUGUUAUUACUAGUUCGGAUUAAAUACUUUGUUUGGACUUGGACAAUUGUAAGGCUGAACUCUCUACUGCGAAGGUUUCUAUGAAUUUUUGGUACACUUUUGAUGAAAGGCUGUGUUGGGAAGAAAUUGGUUUUCAUCCUCAGCUCAAUGAUUCAGGCAGGCCAAUGGUUAGCGGGAUGCAGCCCCCUCAACGCUUGCUUCAGUACAUCUUUUCUUACAUCAUGCGGGGUCGAGCUGGAAAUCAUCCCCAAAUGAGCAAAGACGAUUCUAUGCUCAUUUAUGCAAUUCUUAAACCCGUCAAAGUCAAUUGGGGUAAGUACAUUAUGAGUUAUAUGCAUCAUUGUCAUGCUAGAGCGAGAGCUCUACCCUAUCCCAUUCUUCUUACAUUCUUGUUGAAGAAAAAGGGAUUUGUUUUUACCAAUGAGGAUAUGAUACCUGAGACACCGAACGCCGGUAUGCCUCGUCUAGUGGAAAGGUGACCCUGCCCAUGCUCUUUGAGUUGUUGCAAGAUAUUCACCGUCAACAAGCAAUUCAUGGGUAUAAUUUAAACAAGUUGUUGGUAAAACAUGGUGAGCAUUGGGAGUCUCCAUCUAUGGAUAUGCUUCAACCAUAUAUGGGUCUUGGUUCUUCUUCCUCUACUUUGCAUGCAGCUGGAAAUGAUGAUGAUGAUGAUGACGACGACGAUGAUGAUGCCGAUGACGAUGGUGAUGAUGAUGCUGGUGAUGAGACUACUCUUGUUGAUGCUGCCAUGGAUGCGGAAUGAGUGGAUAGGGCACUCAUAUUAUGUUCUAAGCUAUUUAUCUAACACUUUUCUCUUAUGUCUUUGUUUAAUUUGACUUUGCUAUCUCCCAUUACUACUUGUGUUUUGAUAAACCCAGUGUUUCUUUUGUCCUUCACCCUUUUUGCUUAUGACAAAAGGGGGAAGAGUAUGUGCUUGUGGUUAAUGCAGUGCGAUCAUUAAGGGGGAAGUAAGAGAAGUACUCUAAACUCUUUACUUGUAUUGUC